GAGAGAGAGAGAGAGAGAGAGAGAGUUGACUGUAGAGUGAUGGGACCCGGCUGAGGGAACGGCAGCGAGUGAUCACUCUCCGAGCUGUUAAUGACAGCAGGUAGGCAGAAGUGAAGGAUGACUUCUUGCCCAGAGAUCUGUGGGUCCGAGUAUAGUGACCAAGCUCAAGCCAGCGGGAACUGCCAGCAGUAUGGAGUCCGCUCCUACCUGCACCAGUUUUAUGAGGAGUGCACAGCUUCUAUCUGGGAACGUGAUGAAGAUUUUCAGAUUCAGAGAUCACCUAGCAGGUGGAGCUCUUUACUCUGGAAGGUCUGUCUCGCGUUCGGAUCCCUGAUAUUGUUUGCGGGUCUCAUUGUUGUUUUGGUGGGUUAUGCCACUCCAGCCAGGAUCGAAGCAUUUGGCGAAGAUGACCUCCUUUUUGUUGACAGCAACGCUGUAAGUUUCAACCGCGCAUUGGAUGUUUGUAAGCUGACUGGUGCUGUGUUGUUCUGUGUGGGCGGCACCUCCAUGGCUGUGGGUCUCCUGCUGUCUGCCUUCGCCAAAAGCUACUCCAAAGAAGAACUGUACCUGCAGCAGAAGUUCAAGGAGAGGUUGGCAGAUCUGCAGGCAACAGUUGGUACCCCCAUAUUGAAAGCGCCGACUCCCGGAGAGGGAAAGGUGCCAGUCACACUUUCCAAAGUCCAGAACAUACAGCCGGUGGCCACAAAGUCGGAGACCUGACAGAAGACCAGAUGAAGGCAUAAAGUGAAGAAGUGUGUGUGUGUGUGUUGAUCAAAGUGUGCAUUUUCUCUUUUGAAAGGUCAGCUUACAUGAUUGAUAGUAUUGGUUCAUCAUCUUUAUUUACUGUUUGACAUUUAAGCUUGCUUUUGGGGUUAUAUAGGAGCAUAGUUAAUAUAGCUGAGACAAGUUUAAGCCUUGUGUUUGAACACCAUAGUGAUCAGACAAAGCGCCUGCAGGUCUUGAGCCCUACCCCGAAAAACAAACCACAGAAACAAAUCAAUAGAACACAGCAGCUGAACGACAACACCGCAGCUCAGUAUUCUUCUGUCAAGUGGACUCGCAAAGGAGGAUGGUAUUACUGCUGUAGGCUGUAGAGCAGCAGAUGCGGUGUUGUUUGAAGUUAUUGGUGAUUGGCCCCCAUUGCCAGAAAAUGAUCACAAGCAGCAGUGAACACAACAACCAUUAUCUCGUUGCCUAUAGUGUCUAAAAGGACAUCAGAGGAUGAGAUUUUCUGAGUGCAGAACACUUUGUGUGUACUGUGUGUACAUGUAUGUGCAGCGCAACUUCAUUACACCACUCAGUGAGAGCUGCCACAAAUGGACAAUAUGAGUACAUGUGCUAUACCGUAGCUGAAUAGUUCUUUUAAGCUCUGUUUACAUGCAGCAACAAACCAAGAGCAGUCUUACUUUGCUAGAAGUUCACACAUCAUCAGAACAGAUUAUAGAUGAACACAGAUUCAAACAGACCUUCAGGGUAGAUUUCACACUGACAUUUAUUCUGUCUUAUUAGGCGUCUGACCUUGUCUCCUUCAGUGAAUCUUCAGACACGAUCAAUAGACCAGACAGACUGAUGAGAGGUACAUUGAACCGGACCUAACAUGCGGAACAACAUAGUCUGUCACUUACUAACACAAUCAUAAUCAUGCAGAUUACUUUUAUCAAAAAUACAAAUGAGGCGUCUUCUAUCUUUAAUUACAAUCUUUUACUGUUUUCCUAAACACUUCAUUAACCCUGUAUUUGUUUCCUUCUCUCCCUGUGACAAACCCAAGCAUGUAGACACACACCUAUCCUUCCAGCAGGCACAUUUUUUUGCAGUUCGCAGUUGGUAAAAAAAAAGAAAAAAAAAAAAGAUGUGCAGGUGCUGCGUGUUGAAAUGAAGACAGAGCAAGGGCGCACCAACAAACAACGUGACAGAUUAUGUUACACCACAAGAUGGAUGAAGAGAGCACAUGAAGCUCUCCAGUGAGAUCACAACAGCUACAUCAAAUUUGACAGCGCUCGUUGUUUACAGUCUGUCUGGAUCCACAGAUGCUUUCAACACACUAACUGCCUUCAUGUGCUAACAAACAAAACUUGAAACUACAUUAUGCAGGAAGCUUACAGAACAGCUUACAGUAUGUAUGCAUCAACAAAGCUGUCUUUUAACUGGAUGCAUAUGUAGUUGCAUACUACAUGAGAAACAGAAUUUAGAACGAGCAGGUUUGCAGUUUUUUUAUUUCUUUUACUUUUAUCGGCACUCGCUUUUACUCACUGUAACUUUAACUCACAAGCACAAUGAGCUGUUAUAGUCAUGUUUUGCUGCUUUUCAAAACUAUGUGUCUAUAUAUGUAUUUUAAUAUAUAUAUACGUAUAUAUAUUUUUUUUUUCUUUUUUUUUUUUUUUUAUUUUGUGACCCUGCCACUUUACAUUCUUAUGUUAGUUGUUGCUUCUUCUUUGUUUGCUUUGAAUUCAUUGCACACAGAUACAGUACUGUCAUUUUUUUUUCACUGUACUUGGUUAGAACAAUGUUUUUGUGGUAGUCACAGUCCAAGUGCCAUCAAGCUACUUGCCUCCUACUGUGCGUCAGUGCUGCAGGUCUUUCCAAACAAUUCCUCCUCUUCAAUUCCAUGCCAUAUGCAUACUGUGUGAAAUAAUAUAUGGUUAUAUACUGCUACUAUAAACAUAUAUUAUAUAAGUUAUGUGAGCUUUUGCUAUGCUGGUUACCAUAUGUUAAUAUAAAUGGACCUUUUACUAUCUCACAACAUCCACUCUAUUCUGUUAUGUCAACACAUUUGGUCUCGGAUACAACACAAACAUGAAGCUUAAACUAUGAAGAACAAUAUACUAAUAAUCAAGACAUGUUCAAGUAUUUACACAACCACUGUCAAGCUGCAAACCUACACUACAAGAAGAAAAAGCAAACCGUUAAACAAUCGGUUAUCAACAAAACCUCCAGUGUGGUCAGAGUGUUAUCAAAUGAUCAAGAAAUGUGCUGACUUGUAGUUCCAUGUUGUAAAAUUGUGAGUUUUUUUUUUUUAUCCUUACAUUGAACAAAGUUAAGUUUUACAUUACAAUCCCAAAUUCACAAUGGAUAUUCGUCUGCCCUUAAUCUGACCGUUUCCCAGUUCAAGUGUCUCCUGAUGUAAAAGUAGAUUCUCCCAGUAAAUAAAAGACGUAUACUGUACUUAUUGGAGGUUGGAUUGAAUAAAGAACAAAUAUAUAUCAAUGUCUAUAUACAGUAUGUCUAUUUUUCAAAGAACACAAUAAAAAUUGAAAUA